AUGCCUGCAUACCAUUCCAUCUUCCUGGAGGACCAAGGUGUUGCCGUGAUAGAGUCAUCCACAUAUACUUACUCCGCUGCGCUCACAGGCAAUUUCCCGCUCCUCCCCCUCCGCACCCGCACACGCGGCCCCGCAUACACUCUCCCCGCGCUUCCGCCCUCGACGUCCGACGUCGAUGUUGACCCCGAUAGCGAGUCGUACGACUGUGUCGAUGAGAUCCUCUCUCUUUUCCGUGCCAAUGCCUUCUUCCGCAACUUCGAGAUCAAGGGGCCCGCCGACCGCAUGCUGAUCUACGGUAUCCUGUUCGUCAGCGAGUGCCUGAGCAAGGUGAAGCCGGGCAUGACAGCCAGAGAGGCAGAGAAGGCUCUGAUCAAUGCUGCUCUCGACCAAUUCGCGAUUCCCGGUGACGUGUCUUUCCCCCUGAACCAGGCCUUUGAGCCUCCCCGCGAUCGCCAAGACGCAGAAACGCUCAGACAGUACAUCUCCCAAGUGCGACAAGAGAUUGCUGUUCGAUUGCAUGCGAGAUUAUACCCGGGCGGUGUGGGUCCGUCCAAGUGGUGGCUAAGCUUUGCCAAGCGGAAGUUCAUGGGAAAGAGUCUGUAA